AUGUCCAAAAUAUACGAAAUAGAAAAUUAGCUCAUAAUCAGAUUCCCCCCAUAAAUAGCAGAGAAAAUUAGAGAGUCGUUUGCAAAUAAUUAAUAAUUACCUAUCACAAUUGAACCAAAAAUUGGAAAAGGAAUGGAAUUUGAUGUAUCAAUAAACAAUUUGAAAUACCAAGAUAAAGGUGUAUUAGUUGAUUUGCCAACCAUAACAGAGAGUUAUAAAUCUAAGGAUUAUAUAAAUUUAUAUAAGUCAAAUGAUAUCAGCUAAAUGAUUUGGGUGGGAAAGACAAGCAAUACAAGACAAUGUGGAGAUAAGGUAGUUUGUGACAGUGGAUUGACACCACCUACAUAUGAUAUCAGAAAGGAUUUUCAUCGUAAACAACCUUAAAUUGACAUUGGAGAAAUUCAAAGAGUUGAGAAAGAAUUACACUCUAUCUAAUCAGAAUUCAUGAAAUAAGCAGAAGAGGAGGAAAAUGGGUCAGAUGAUGGAAAGAAAGGAAAGAAAAGAUAUAAUAAGUUUUGA